AUGAAAUCAUUAUGGGAAAAUCAAGAUUGUGUGAUCACUUUUUUCCGCCGAUUUGGAUGACCUUUCUGUCGCUUGGCUGCAAAGCAGCUGAGCGAAAUCAAACCUAAAUUGGAUGCUCACAAUGUGCGCUUAAUCGGUAUCGGAGUGGAGGAAUUGGGUGUAGAAGAAUUUGUUAAAGGGGAAUUUUUUGCAGGAGACUUAUUCAUUGAUGUAGAAAAGAAGACGUAUCAAGAUCUUAAGUUCAAAAGGUAUGGGAUAUUGAACAUGAUUCCUGCUUUAUUUUCCAAAACAUCUCGUGAUGCAGUAGCAAAAGCAAAAGCUGAAAAUCUAGGAGGAGAUCUAAAAGGUGAUUAUUAUCAAGUUGGUGGUACUCUGGUUGUCUCUAAAGGUGGUGAGAAAGUAUUACUCUGUCAUAAACAGGAGACUUUGGCUGAUCAUGUUGAUCCAAAAGAAGUUCUCAAAAGUUUGAAUAUUUUGGAAUAAAGUUUAUCGUCAUAAUCUUGAGCAGAUGCUGCACUUGUUAUUAAUGUAUUAUUAACAUGUCUUACUAUUAAUGAGAUAUUUGAUAACUCUUGAAUUAAAUAUGUUCUAAGAUCAGAAAUUAAAACUUGUUAUGUGGUCUGAAAAAAAGAAAUAAGCUGAAGAAACUGAGAAUCCAAUAAAAGUUUUGUUAUAUGUUUUGCGAAAAUUUACAAUAGUAAUAGUCACAGGAUAAUCAGCUUGUGAGAAAAUUAAGUGUGAUUAUAAUUUUUGGAAUUGAUUGUUAUCUAGAAGCCCUUCCUUUUAAAAAAAAUUCUGGAAAAGUUUUAAAUUUAUGAAGUAUGAUAUAAAGAGAAAAACAGGCUGUGCAUGUGUUUUGUUUUAUUUGUCAGGUCAAGAAAAUAACUAAUCUACAUCAAAACAGUUUCUUACUUACUUGACACACUAACAGUUGCCAGUGUUACAGUACAGUCCAUGUUAAAAACAAUUUUACAUAUAAUUUCCAGAAAUGCUCCUGAGAAUGACUUAUAUGUCCUUGUUUUAGUUUCACAGAUCUUUGAACAAGACAUGCAUUCCUUUGUCCAUUGUUUUAGUGUUUGAGAAGCGGUGUAAGUCACCAGAAGCUAGGUCUGGCUAAUAUGGUAGAUGCAGUUAGCUUAAAUUGCUUCACAGCUAAAACAUUAGCAAUUGUUCCUUCAUGAUAUUCUGGUUAUUUCCUUCUCACAUGUUCAUGCAGUUUCAUUAAGUCAUCAAGUUAACAUUAACUUAUUUAUAUUCUGAUUACUCAGAAUAUAAGGGUGGGUAUCAAAGCAGUCAACAUAGUCUUAAUUUCAAAUGUCUCAUUGCUUUUUUUUUAUGGAUAUAUUGAGUAAAAUUUAGUAACCAGCUGAACAUUUUCCAUCGUGGAUUGCUUCUAUUUAAAAAGGAACAUGAUAUCAGCUCACUAAUGCACUUCAGUAAUUUUUGAUUAACAAUAAGAAAAUGUUUAUUCUAUUUGAAGAUGUAUCAGCACACACCAUGGUUAGAACUUACUUCAUAAUCAUCUACUUGUUUGUGUACUUUCACUUCCAAGUUAUAAGGUUAUUCUCAUUUCACUGCAUUUACAUUAUAUGCAGGGCAUCUGGAAAAUUCAGAAAUAUGUUUUCCUUUGAUUAAAUUUUAAAACUGCAUAUUUUUUUUAAACUAACAAACCAUUUUUCAGGUGUCGAAUUUAGGUCUGUAAAGAUAGGCCAUUUGAGGAGAAAUUUAAUGUAAAACUAAGAACUUCCAUAUAACUCAUAUUAUGAAAAUAUGAGUUAUAUGAAAAGAGUGAAUAAUGAAAACAUUAAAAAAAGUAUAUUCCAUAUACUUUUUUUAAUGUUUUCAUUAUUCACUUUUUAAUUUAAUUGUAACAAGCACUUUUGGUCAAAAAAAAAUUUCAAUGCUCAAUUUACUUCUUCACAUUAAAUUUAGUAGUUAGAAAUAUUUUUAAUUUUUAUUAAAUAGAAUUGGAAUAAAUUCAUUCUUUAUUCAGUUUGCAAAGUAUUACACUAAGAGUCAUUAUUGGUAUACAAAUUAAUAUUUGGAACAAAAUAUAAAACUAGAUAAAGUUUUUACUAGCUCAUUUCACUAUUAGCUUUUUCUUUCACACUUUUUUAAAAAAUUCUAUUUCAGUAUGGGAGGGGAGUGUUGUUUUGUGCCUUAAAAAAAUACAUGAAACCUCAAAGUAUGCAAACAAAAAUUUAAUUAUCAUCACUAUAUAAAGCAUUUUUCCCUGGUAUAUUUAAAUUUUUGUUAUGUAUUACAACACAAAGCAAAUAAUUACACUUGACAAUAUAUAGUAAUUUAUUUAUUUUAUACUUCAUAUAGUAAUCUAGAAACUGGUACAAGAUCAUUCAUACAAGCAAAAUUCUUUUGAAUUUUGAUGUGAUUUUCUAAUGUCUUGCAUAAGUUAUUUGAGAUCUUAGCCUACAUUUUUUUUAUGUUAAUAUGUUUUCCUAAUACAAUUAUAGUAUUUCAGUAUCUUUUCCUAUGUACAGAGAAAUUCCAUGUAUCUGGAUUUAACUGGCACUUUAUUCUAUCCAGAAAUAAGUUGUUAUAUUGUAUUUUUUUCUGCAAGCCAAAGACAUAUUUACUGUAAUACUAAUGAGAGAAUUUUAUUUUAACAGAAGAUUAUAUAUAGUUUAAAAAAAUUAAAUAUUUUUAUUUCUGUAUAAUAAAAUACAAAAACAUAUUUUUUCACUAAAAUGAUACAAUGAACUUAAUUUUUUUAUUUGCAUAAUCAUACAGCCAGGUCCUGUUUCUAUUAAAAUAAAGUAAUGAAACUAAGUCUGAUAUUAGUGCCCACAAAACAAAUCACAUGAUUUUGUUUUUAUUUUUGAUGUAGUAAAAGGAAACUGAAGAUCUUUUUUCAUGAAACAAAAUGCAUAACCUGUUUUUACUUGACUAAAAUUAAUCAAAGAAAUUAUUUUUGCUGAUAAGAAUUAAGAUUUGUAUUAAAUUUAUAAUAGUAAUAAAAAGGUCCCUUAUUCAAUUAAAUUUAAGGGCACAUGAAUAUAUUAAUAAUAUUUAAUUUUGUAUACCUUAAAAGGAAAAGUUCUAAUACAAUGGACUGUCGAAUAUACAAACCUUUGUAAAUGGGAGUGGCAUUAAAAUAAUUUUUUUGAAAUCAGAUUAAUAAUUUGAAAAAGUGUGUAGUAUACAAACCAUCAGUUUACUGUGAUUGGAGUUUUAGGUGUACAGAGUUUGGAUAAUUCUACUGUAAUUGAUUAUUGUUACUUUUCUAAGACUCUUGUCUUUUUAACAUGAAAAAUAAAUUUAUUAAAUGAUAUAUGUGAAACCACUUAAUGAUUAUCAUGUAAUCUGCUUUUCUUUUUGAAUGUUUUCACACAUUUACUUAAUCAUUUAAAUGGAAAAAGAAAAAAUGAGAAAUGUUUGUUUUGUGUUGUUUUCUGUAUUUUGUAUGGGUGAAUCAACAUCUAAUUUUGUUAUAUAUUGUUCAUAAGCACUGUAUUUGUCUUUUGUACUACGGGUUUGAAAAAUGAAUGUGAUUUUAAUGCAGAGCUUUAUAAUAUUAUAUGAGAAAAGAAUUAUAUAAUGAGUUGUAUUUUCGUUUGUUUAUUUUUUUAUACAUGAUUAUAAAGAAGUUGUGAAAUUUUGAAUAAAUGAGUUUUGCAAAGUUUUCUUACUUCAUUGUGCAUAAUGUUAAUAUGCCAUCCAGUAUGUUAUUAUGGAUUGUUGCAGAGAUGUAAGAUACCAUAAUUUAUCUUGAUUAGAAAAGUAUUUUGAUAUGAAAUGCUCUUAAGAAACUAAUUUCAUUUAAAAAUGAUAUGGAUGUGUGAAAAUUAUGCACAUCUGUUGAUGGACAAAAUGUCUUAGUUUCUUAAUUGCACUUAUAUUUUAGAGAUAAGCUAAUUUUUGAUAAGGUUGUUCUGUUACUUAUAUAUGUACAUAUCCAUGUCCUCUGUUGAAGUUUUAUAAUAAAAUUUUCAGUUUCUAUUGAA